CGCAGGCUCUCACUCUCCCUCCCUCCCGCCUCUCGGCGGUCCGAGGAUGCCGUGGUGGGACAAGCUGGUGAGCGGGCUUGCAGGAACGCCAAGAACGGAUGCAACCGAGCCCGCCACCUCCCCUCCUGCCGCCGCUGCGAAGGAGCCCGAGCCCUCCCCGCCGCAUGGCUGCGCUUCCGACCGGCUCGCUGGCGUGGCGCCCACACACGGCGCUGGUCCCUCCAACGUCGGGGACGAGGAGUGGUCUGAGCCGCCAGACAGCCCCGGGGCAAGCGGCCGCGCAAGCGGCGGCGCCGAGAGCGGGUGCGACGGCGAAGAGGGUGAAGGCGAGGCGGGCGGCGGCGGCAAAUCGGAGGCCGCUGAGGCUGGCGCCGCCCCAAGCACCGGCGACAGCGCCGCUGUUGACGGCGGCGAGCUUGGGGAGGAGGGGGCAGUGAGCGCGCGAGAGCAGGUGCUCUUAAACGCCUCCGACGAGCUCGAGUGCCUCUUUCAGCGCCUCGGCGCCGACCACUUUUCAGCUCUCGAGUGCGUCUGCUCGGCGUGGCGAACCGCAAUCCGCGCGGCACGGCUGCUCUGCCACCAGUCGCUGCUCUACCCAAACGAGGCGCACCCGCUGCCGCGCACCCCUGGCGGGCUCCAGUCGCCCACGGCGGUUGCGGUGCUCCCCGGGGGCGAGCUCGCAGUCACGGACACGGGAAACGACCUCCUGCGCUUCAUCGACGCCGCGAGCGGCGCGACGAGGCUCGUCGUCGGGCGCAGGCGCGCCUUCCUGUCCUCGAAGCUGCCGCCCGCGACGCCUCAUGUGGAGGCUGAGCUCGAGUCGCCGAUGGGCGUCGUCGCCGACGUUCGCGGCGAGCACGUCUUUGUCGCCGACACGCUGGGGCACCGGCUCGUCAGCUCUAGAGGCGGGAAGACGCUCGUGAAGCUGCGAGUCUCGGACGGCGCCUCGCUCGCCUCGGCCACACGCGCCGAGCUCGCCUCCAUCGGCGCGCACGGGACGGGACCCGGCCAGAUGAUUUUCCCGCAGGGGGUGGCCGUCGCUCACGCGCCGGCCGAGCUGCACGGUGCGGGGACGGCGGGCGAGCUGGUCUACAUCUGCGACACGGAGAACGACAGGCCCCCGCCCGCGCCGUGA